AUGGUCUCUUACAAACUUAUUUAUUUUCCAACUCGUGGGAAUGGAGAGAUUGCUCGCCAGGUUUUCAAAUAUGCUGGACAAUCAUUUAUAGAUGAACGGAUUCCAAAGGAAGAUUGGCCGUCUAUGAAAAACGAUACUCCAUUCGGUCAACUUCCUGUUUUGGAAGUUGAUGGAAAACAGUUAGCUCAAUCAAUCGCAAUCGUUCGGUAUCUAUCGAAACAAUUCGGAAUAUCAGGGCAAUCGUCUUGGGAAGAGGCUCAAGUCGAUUCACUUUCUGACCAAUUCAAAGAUUAUCGUCUCGAGGCUCGUCCAUUUUUCCGAGUGAAAAUGGGAUUCGGAGAAGGAGACGCCGACAAACUUCAUAAGGAUGUAUUCGUUCCAGCAUUCAAAAAAAUGUAUUCAAUCUUCACGAAAUAUUUGAAAGAAUCUGGAAAUGGAUAUCUAGUUGGUGGCUCACUGACAUGGAUUGAUUUGGCUGUGGCACAACAUUCAGCAGAUCUUCUUGACGCGGAUGGAACAGUCCUUGAUGAGUUUCCGGAGAUGAAAGACCAUCAGAAAAGAAUUCAUGAUAUUCCAAACAUCAAACAGUGGAUAGCAGAAAGACCAGUGACUUCAAGAUAA